AUGGCACCGCGUGUCGAGCGUGGCGCAGAGAAUGUCUGCUUUGCGGGAGACAUCCAUGGUUCUCCAUGGGGCCUCGUGCGCGUCGUGCGGGAGUUCCUGUCGGAAGACGAGGCCGCCAAGACCGCCGGGAAGCCACCUCCCCUGCUCGUCUUCUCGGGCGAUUACGUCGACCGCGGGCGCUUCACAUGGCACGUCCUCGCCCUGCUGUACGCGCUCAUCAUUGAGUUUGGCGAGGACCGGCUGGUGAUGCUUGCGGGCAACCACGAGUCCUUCCCGCACCCCAAAAGCCACCACCCUGGCGCGCCGCAAGGCUCGCGCCACCACACCCUCCACGCCGACCUGCUGAGCGGCCUCGGCCUGCCUCAAGACACCCCCGUGCCCUCGAUGAAAGACAUCGGCGGGAAGCUGCAGGGCACCACCCCAGCCGGCCUGCCGCAGCUCAUGGACCGCGUGGCUGCGGGCGAGGAGGAGAUCACCCUGACCACGGCGCACCAGGUCAUAUACGGCAUGUUUGCGCACCUGCCUAUCGCCUUCAAGCUGGGAAACCUCAUCUUCGUGUGUCACGCCGGCCUCCCGCGGUACAGCACCUUCAAGUGCACCGGCUUCGGCGGGCUGUGGGCUGAGUAUGUUUCGCUGGACCGCCUCUCCCCCGACCGCGACCUGGUGCUGGUGCCGCCGCCGGGGUCACACGAGGCGGCCACACCAGUAGGGGACCUGGCUGCCUGCUGGGACUACGGCGUGGCGCGGGCACACCUCGCGCACUGCGCGGAGCACAAGUACACCCUGCUGACCGCCGAGGACGCGGAGGCCGUGCAGCGCGGCGACAAGGCGGCAAGCGACGUGCCGGACCACAUGGAGUGGGCCAAGCGCGCCCUUGGCAUCGCCUUUGACGCCCAGUGGGCAGACAGCGCCGCCAUGCGGUCGGACAUCCCCGAGAACAGGCGCGCGUUUGAUGUCGACAUCUUCCAGGCUGGAUCCAGGGCCGCGACGGGCUACACUGCGUGGAACCGCAAUAUGCAGGCAAGUAACUGCAAGGGAUCUGACCUGGACGUGCAGCACGUCAUCACGGGCCACGUGCUGCCGCACACCCUGGGCUACGCAUGGCAGGGCGGCCGCUUCAACAGCAGCGUUGUCCUCCACACAGCGGCCAACUUCACAAACAUCCUGGGCGCCGGCGCCGGCGCCGCCAUGCUGCGCAGCGGGGCCGCCCUGGAGCUGGUGACGGUCGUCAGCGGUGACGAGGGCGCCGCCUGCGACGCGGCCGCUGUGGUUCUGACGGGGCUGCUGGGGCCGGAGUGGGACCAUCGGCACGCGGAGAUCGCGGCCGCUGUGGAGGCCGACGGCGGCGUGUUUGGGGAGGAGGCGCUCAGGCUGUUCAAAGCCGCGCUGAGCAGCGCUCUGUCAGACCUCGCCGCCCGUGGUGGCCGCGGGCUGCUGGAGCUGCUCUUCACAAAUGGGCUGCUGCCGAUGCUGCGCCAGACCGAGUUCCUGGCGCCGGGCUUCGACGCAGCAGCAAACGGCGACGCCUUUGCGCGAGCGGAAGCAGUGGCGGGGAUCGCCCUCCGCCGCCUGGCGAGCCUGCAGGCUUUGGCCAGAGACGCCGGCGAGGGUGGCAGCGGAGGCAACGGCGGCUUGGGCAUGGCCCAGCACCUGAGCUAUGCAGCCAGCAAGGAGGGCUCGUCCCUGAUCAGGGGAAUGCUGCAGGCAGCGCUGCAAGCUGAGCGAGGACAGCCAUGGGUGGAGACGCUCACGUGGUGCCACGAGAAGUGCCUGCAGGCGCGCCAGCAGCAGCAGCAGCAGCAGCAGCAGCAGCAGCAGCGAGGGCCCCCUCGCAACGCCGACGUGCGCGGCCCGGCGGCGGGCGCGCUCACCGCGGCUGCCUCCCACACCGCCUAUCAGCUGCCCGAUGGGAGCUCUCCUGGCGGUGGCGGCGCCAACAAGCGCAGGGAAGAUGGCAGGCAGCAGGGGGAGCCGCGUGCAGUGCGUCCCAGGGUUGGGCAGGGGCUCGCGGGGGCGCAGGAGCGCAGCAGUCAGCAGUCAGUUGCACCCCAAGAGCAGCUGGCACCCGGGCCAGCCGCCAGGGCAGCCGCGCCAGCCGCGCCGGUGGUGCAGGCAGUGGUGGCGCAGCAGCCGCCGAUGGCGGUGGCUGCGCAGCCGCCGAUGGCGGUGGCUGCGCAGCCGCCGGCCGUCGCCCUGCAGGUGGCGGCAGCGGCGGCAGGCCCCGCCGGGCAGGCAGGCGGCGGCGGGGCUGGCGGGGACGGCAUCGAGCCGUGGCACAGGCAAGAGACGCCUGUCAUGGUGCUCGACGCCAUGGCGGUGCACGGCCCAGCAGCCCACGACGGCGCGCUUGUGCGUGGAGGGCCCGCCGUGGCGCCCGACAAGCUGCAGAAGUACUUCAAGGAUGCGCCGGACCGGGGCCUGGUCACUGACGUGGAUGUCAGCAAUACGCAGAAGCUGGCCGAGGCGGUGGCGAGGGGCUUGAUCGCCCCCGACGUGCGCAUCGUGCAUGCCAGGAGCUCGCGCAGGAUGACGCGGUGCGUGACGAAGGAAGGGGUCAUUGAAGUGACGGUGCCGGAGGGCGGGCGGGUGCAGUACAUGGUCUACACCGCCCGGUACCCCCACCCCUAUAAGGACGAGCAGGUGAUGGCGACCUGCAUGAACUCCAGAGCGUCGCGCCGGCUGGCGGCGUGGCGCGUGCUGCUGCUGCUGAUGGCGGAGGAGCAGCUGCUCGACGGGGCGCCCCAGCUGCGCGCCUGGUUCGCAAGGCAGGCGCUCGUGCAGGGCGAGGUGACGCUGCUGGCCAGUGCGGUCAACGGGAUCGGCCCAUGA